GCGUUAAAUAGUGAAUGAUCCUGUCAAAAGGCAGUUUAACUAAGCUUAACUUCCAUACCCGGACCUUUGGAUUUCUCUCCCUUGGGGAAAUUGUACCUUUGGGGGUUUUAAUAAUAUGAAUCCUGCUUGACCACGCCAAAUCCAGGCUGCGCUUCAAAAUGAGGGAACUAAAAGGUCGCAGCGUGUCUAUUUUUGUUGUCACUGUCAUUUUCUUAGGCAUUUCGUUCCUGGCUGUCUGCCUGAGAUGCUUUGUUCGGUUGCGGCUUGUGAGGGCUUUUGGAUGGGAUGAUGCCUUAAUGGUCUUCGCGAUGGGCUUGAACAUUCUGUUUGCGCUAUGUGGAAUAACAGGCGCACUUUACGGUAUGGGACAGAAGCUCGGCGAUCUGGAGAUGAAAGACAUCGAAACUGCAAUGUUUUGGUGGUGGCUUGGGCAGACAAGUUACGUCUUCACAUGCGUCAUCGCAAAGAUCUCAAUCGCACUGGCCCUCCUUCGUCUCACUGUCGCCCGCAUUCAUAUGAUAUUGCUAUGGGGUGUCAUCGCAGUAUCCACGGUUAUAGGGCUUGUAUUCUGGUUCAUGUUGACCCUGCAAUGUCAACCGGUAAAUCACUUCUGGCAGCGCACGAAGCCAGGGACAUGUUUGGAUGUCGAUUACCUCAUCGAUAUCGCGUACCUAUACAGUGUUACUGCUACAGUCUGUGACCUCAUUCUUGGUCUCUUGCCGAUCGCGCUUGUCUGGACUCUCCAGAUGAAUACCCGUACCAAGGCUGCCCUGGCUGGUAUCCUUAGUUUGGGCUGCAUUGCCAGUGCCGCGGUCAUCGUUCGAAUUCCCUAUCUCCAUUCUUACAAAGACCCAGAGUUCCUCUACGCCACGACCGAUAUCUCGAUCUGGUCAAACGUUGAAGCCGGUCUUGGAAUCACCGCAGGAAGCCUGGUUACUCUCCGGCCGCUAUUUCGCUGGUUUCGUGGCUCGACAUACGACGCGACUCACAGCGCUAAGCGGACACCGGGCAGUGUUCCUCUGUCCAGCAUGAACGGCCACGGCACCAAUCCAUCGCGACUGGACCGGGCGGCGACCAAAUUCUGGCGGCCUGAUCUAGAUCCCCAUGACUCCCGAGGCGUGGUCACAACUGUUCAGACCUCGACAGGAAGCAGGAAUAGCAGCCAGGAAAACCUCAAUCCGAAGCCAACCACGACAAACGGAGUCAACGUGCACAAGUCGUUUGUGGUCACGUCGGGUGAGGUGGCAAAACUCGUCGAUGACCCUCAGAUUGCGUACUCCUCGCUGCACAAUCCCCUCCCAACCCAAGUUCACACCUACGUUUGGCCGUUCCUCAUCAUCUGGCCCGGAUUCUUCGCUUUUUAUCUCUCCCCCGAACGCUAUGACCAAUAUAUCCAAGGCCAAGAAUGGACGUUCGUGUGGGUUGCUUCGAUCAUCACGGCUCAGUCGCUCCUUUGGUUGAUGACCAAAUGGAACAUCAACAUCCAAACCCUGUUCACGGCGACGAAAGCCAAGUCCAUCGAUUCUGCCAAGCUCAUCAAGGUCAUCCCCGGCGCCAAUGCCGGAUCCGCGGAAAUAUGCUCCCUCGUCCAUGAUAAUAUGGGUGGAAAGAACACGAUCUCCUUUCUGUUCCAGAAGCGUCGCUUUCUUUACUACCCUGAUCGUCGAUGCUUCGGACCCCUGUCGUACGUCCUCGAUGCCGAGCCGAAGCCCGCCAUCAAGACCUUCCAGCAGAACCCGGGUCUGGCCACCAAGUCCGAGGUCGAGAGCAUUCAGUAUCACUACGGCGAUAACACUUUCGAUAUCCCCGUGCCGGGAUUUGUUGAACUGUGGAAGGAGCAUGCUGUUGCGCCUUUCUUCGUUUUCCAGAUCUUCUGCGUCGGUCUGUGGAUGCUGGAUGAAUACUGGUAUUACUCGCUGUUCACGCUCUUCAUGCUUGUCGCUUUCGAGAGCACGGUCGUGUGGCAGCGCCAGCGAACUCUCAACGAGUUCCGCGGAAUGAGCAUCAAGCCCUACGAUGUGUGGGUUCACCGCGAGAACAAGUGGGAGGAAAUUACCAGCGACAAGCUCUUGCCCGGUGAUGUCAUGUCGGUCAACCGAACCAAGGAAGACGGCGGUGUCGCGUGCGAUAUUCUUUUGAUCGAAGGUAGUGCUAUCGUCAACGAGGCCAUGCUUUCCGGUGAAAGUACCCCUCUUCUGAAGGAAUCGAUCCAGCUCCGACCGGGAGACGAUCUCAUUGAACCGGAUGGAUUGGACAAGAACGCGUUCGUGCACGGAGGAACAAAAGUCCUGCAAAUCACCCACCCCAACGCGAAUGUGGAAGACUCCGAGAAUGCUCGCAAGAACGGCUCCAAGAUCUCUGCCCCGCCUGACAAUGGUGCGAUCGGCGUUGUUGUGAAGACCGGCUUCGAAACCAGCCAAGGCAGUCUGGUCCGCACCAUGAUUUAUUCCACUGAGCGCGUCUCUGCCAACAACGCUGAGGCUCUGCUCUUCAUCCUUUUCCUGCUUAUUUUCGCCCUCGCCGCUUCGUGGUACGUGUGGCAGGAGGGUGUCACGCAGAACCGCAAGAGAUCCAAGUUACUCCUGGAUUGUGUCCUUAUCGUCACCAGCGUGGUCCCUCCCGAGCUUCCGAUGGAGUUGAGUCUUGCUGUCAACACCAGUCUGGCUGCCCUGAGCAAGUUCGCCAUUUUCUGUACCGAACCCUUCCGUAUUCCUUUUGCUGGUCGUGUUGACGUCGCUUGCUUUGACAAAACCGGUACUUUGACCGGUGAGGAUCUGGUUGUUGACGGUAUUGCCGGUCUCAGCCUGGGCCACAGUGGAGCAAAGGUUGAGAAGGAUGGCGCCCACACCGAACUGGCGAAGAACGGUAACAUCGGAAUUGACACCACGCUUGUUCUUGCUAGCGCUCAUGCGCUGGUCAAGUUGGACGAGGGCGAAGUCGUUGGCGACCCUAUGGAGAAGGCUACGCUUCAGUGGCUUGGCUGGACCUUGGGCGCAAACGACACUCUUACCUCCAAGACCCAGUCGGCUCCUGGCUCUCGCUCCCUUGAAUCGGUGCAAGUCAAGAGAAGAUUCCAGUUCUCUUCCGCAUUGAAGCGUCAGAGCACCAUCGCGACCGUUGUCAACAAUGACCGCAAGACAUCGAAGAAGGUUAAGUCCACUUUUGUGGGUGUCAAGGGUGCCCCCGAGACCAUCAGGUCUAUGCUUGUUAACACUCCGCCCAACUAUGAGGAGACCUUCAAGCACUUCACUCGUAACGGUGCUCGUGUUCUCGCUCUCGCUUACAAGUACCUCUCCCCCGAGGCCGAGCUGUCUCAGGGCCGUAUCAACAAUUAUGCCCGGGAGGAGAUUGAGUCCGAAUUGACUUUUGCUGGAUUCCUGGUUCUUCAGUGUCCCUUGAAGGAUGACGCUAUCAAGGCCGUCCGUAUGCUCAAUGAGAGUAGCCACCGUGUUGUCAUGAUUACUGGUGAUAACCCGUUGACUGCGGUUCACGUUGCACGCAAGGUUGAGAUUGUGGAUAGGGAUGUCUUGAUCUUGGAUGCUCCUGAGAAUGAUACGUCGGGCACCCGAUUGGUCUGGCGUAGCAUCGAUGACAAGUUCAACCGUGACGUGGAUCCCACCAAGGAUUUGGACUCUGAGAUUGUGAAGACUAAGGAUAUUUGCAUCACGGGCUAUGCCCUGGCCAAGUUUAAGGGCCAGAAGGCUUUCUCGGAUCUUCUUCGCCACACUUGGGUCUACGCCCGUGUCUCGCCCAAACAGAAGGAGGACAUUCUCCUCGGCCUCAAGGAAGCUGGCUACACUACCCUGAUGUGCGGUGACGGUACCAACGAUGUUGGUGCUCUGAAGCAAGCUCAUGUUGGUGUUGCGCUGCUGAACGGCUCGCCGGACGAUCUCACUAAGAUUGCCGAUCACUACCGGACCACCAAGAUGAAGGAAAUCUAUGAGAAGCAGGUUGCUAUGAUGCAGAGAUUCAAUCAGCCUUCUCCGCCUGUGCCUGUCCUUAUCGCCCACUUGUAUCCUCCUGGUCCCUCCAACCCGCAUUACCAGAAGGCUAUGGAGCGGGAAGCUCUGAAGCGCGGCAUCAACCCGGCAAACGCACAGAACCAACAAGAGGCAAUCCCGACCAUCACUUCUCCGGGCGCUCAAGCCCUGCAGCACAACUUGACUCCUCAGCAGCAGCGCCAGCAGCAGGCCUCCGCGGCGGCUGCCGGUUUCGCCGACAAGCUUACCAGCUCGAUGAUGGAACAGGAGCUUGAUGAAACUGAACCCCCCACGAUCAAACUGGGUGAUGCGUCGGUCGCCGCGCCUUUCACUAGCAAGCUGGCCAACGUUAUUGCAAUCCCCAACAUCCUUCGUCAGGGUCGCUGUACACUCGUUGCGACGAUCCAGAUGUACAAGAUUCUUGCUCUGAACUGCCUCAUUAGUGCAUACAGUUUGAGUGUCAUUUAUCUGGAUGGUAUCAAGUUCGGAGAUGGUCAGGUCACCAUCAGUGGUAUGCUGAUGAGUGUCUGCUUCCUUUCGAUCUCCCGUGCUAAGUCCGUGGAAGGUCUCUCCAAGGAACGACCCCAGCCCAACAUCUUCAAUGUGUACAUCAUCGGUUCGGUGCUUGGACAGUUCGCUAUCCACAUCGCUACCCUCAUCUAUCUGUCUAACUAUGUCUACUCCAUUGAGCCGAGACAAUCGGACAUUGACCUGGAGGGCGAAUUCGAGCCUUCUUUGCUGAACAGCGCCAUCUACCUUCUCCAGCUCAUCCAGCAAAUCUCGACCUUCUCCAUCAACUACCAAGGCCGUCCCUUCAGAGAGUCUAUUCGGGAGAACAAGGCCAUGUACUGGGGUUUGGUCGCCGCUUCUGGUGUUGCCUUCUCCUGCGCCACCGAAUUUGUCCCUGAGCUGAACGAGAAGCUGCGUCUUGUUCCAUUCAGCACCGAGUUCAAGCUCACCUUGACCGUUCUGAUGAUCAUCGACUACGCUGGUUGCUGGGUCAUCGAGAACGUCCUGAAGACCCUGUUCAGCGAUUUCCGCCCGAAGGAUAUCGCCGAGCGCCGUCCGGACCAGCUGCAGCGGGAGACCGCUCGCAAGGCUACAGAAGAAUUGCAGAAGUUGGGUGAGCAGGAGCGCCAGAGGAAGGUGUAAGAUUUCAGAUGUUAUAUAGUUGGAGAUCUCUUUUGGGGGUUGAUCAUUAUGCAUGCUUAGACACUCUUUCUCCCGGAGGGGGAUUAGAAAGCGUUGUUGGCUCUUUGUGUCGGGCAGAUGCAUGUCGUAAUAUCUAAGUGGUAAAUAGAAAGAAUAGAAGG